CAGAAGGGCAUAAUGAGCACAUUACUUCUCUUCCAGCUUCACGUCACGACAUGGAAGCCAUCGCCAAGUUUGACUUCACCGCCUCAGGCGAGGAUGAACUGAGCUUUCACACUGGAGACGUUCUGAAGAUCUUAAGUAACCAAGAGGAGUGGUUCAAGGCGGAGCUUGGGAGCCAAGAAGGAUAUGUGCCCAAGAAUUUUAUAGAAAUCCAGUUUCCUGAGUGGUUUCAUGAAGGUCUCUCACGACACCAGGCAGAGAACUUACUUAUGGGCAAGGAGGUUGGUUUCUUCAUCAUCCGGGCCAGCCAGAGCUCCCCAGGGGACUUCUCCAUCUCCGUCAGGCAUGAGGAUGAUGUUCAGCACUUCAAGGUCAUGAGAGACAACAAGGGUAAUUACUUCCUGUGGACAGAGAAGUUUCCGUCUCUAAAUAGGCUGGUGGACUACUACAGGACGACUUCCAUCUCCAAACAGAAGCAGAUCUUUCUGAGGGAUAGAACCCGAGAGGAUCAGGGUCACCGGGGCAACAGCCUGGACCGGAGGCCCCAGGGAGGCCCGCACCUCAGUGGGGCUGUGGGAGAGGAAAUCCGACCUUCGAUGACCCGGAAGCUGUCGGACCGCCCGGCGCCCCCUCCCUCGCAGUGCCCCCCAGCCCCCCCAGCACAGCAGCACCGCUACCUGCAGCACCCUCAUUUCCAUCAGGAACGCCGAGGAGGCAGCCUUGACAUAAACGAUGGGCACUGUGGCAUGGGCGUGGGUGGCGACAUGAACCCGGCCCUCAUGCACCGGAGACACACAGACCCUGUGCAGCUCCAAGUGGCCGGGCGAGUGCGGUGGGCCCGGGCGCUGUACGACUUUGAGGCCCUCGAGGAGGACGAGCUGGGGUUUCGCUGUGGAGAGGUGGUCGAGGUCCUGGACAGCUCCAACCCGUCCUGGUGGACCGGCCGCCUGCACAACAAACUGGGCCUCUUCCCUGCCAACUACGUGGCGCCCAUGAUCCGAUGAGGCCCUUCCGGGGGGUCAGAGGCUUUUGUGUGAAGCUGCCUGCAGGAGAGGGGGCAAGGAAGAAAAGCUGGAACUAUCCACACACACGUAUAUAUGUGUGUACGCACACAUGCACACCUAUGCCUCUGUGUACACGCAUUUUCUAAUAGUAAUUUAUUGGCAAUUUCAUUGGUUACUUAGUUGAUAUGAAAGGAAGUCAGGUGAGAAUGAUAUUCAUACUUGUUUUUCUGCUCCCCUCAGCGGUGUGUGGAAGGCAGUGGGAAAACUGGCUGGUGGGGAGGGGCAGGGACAUGAAACGAAAAUUCUUCCCAUCUCUAAGAUGGUCCUGCUUCCUCCUGGCCUGGGGAAUGUUCACUGAGAGUAGCUCAGCAGAGAGCCACACCCCGGGGUUGGACGCGGAACUACAGGGUGGGGCUGGACUCGGUGGGGCAUGUU